GUGACAUGCGUUUGGAGCUUGGUCAAGAAACGAGAGACGUUGUGUACAUUCAUAAUAUUGAUCUGAGAAACAUACCAUGGCUGUGAAAAGAUUAUCAAAGGAGUUGAAAGAUAUAACAUCAGACCCUCCUGCUGGAUGCUCAGCUGGACCAGAGACAGAGGGGGAUUUAUUCAAUUGGAAAGCAUCGAUACAAGGACCAGAAGAUAGCCCAUACCAAGGAGGACUCUAUUUUCUAAAAAUACAGUUCCCAACUGAUUAUCCAUUUAAACCUCCUAAAGUAUCUUUUACAACUAAGAUUUACCAUCCAAACAUUAACAGCAAUGGUAGUAUUUGUCUGGACAUUCUCAGAUCUCAGUGGUCACCAGCACUCACUGUAUCUAAAGUCCUUUUGUCCAUAAAUGCUUUGAUGACAGACCCAAACCCUGAUGACCCACUAAUGCCAGAAAUAGCAAGGAUCUACAAGACAGACCAAGCCAAGUACAACAAAAUGGCUAGAGAGUGGACCAAAAAAUAUGCCAGUUAAUGGAAAAUGGACUAGUACAGCUCAGCUGCCUAGGACAUAGACUUUGAACUGUGAUAUGAAAAAAACAAGCUUGUGGAAGAUUGAAAGUAUUUGUGUAGUCUUUUAUAUUAAGUACUCAAAGUAACAGUGUUUACUUUAAAAGCAUGGUUAUGUGUUGUCUUUUAUUUGAAAGUAAUCAUUUCAUUUGUUCCCACACUUUUCACUGAUUUGCAUGAUUGACUUUCAUGUGAACUUUAACUGAUUCUUUUUUUUUUAAUUUAUUUGUUUUUGUUUUUAAGAAAAAAAGUGUUGCAAUUUGUAUAUCUUUUUGUGCAUUUUUGCAGAGUACCAAGAUUUUCCUUAAAAUUUUGUUCAGAAAGUACGAGUAUUUUGAUUGACAGAACUGUGAAAUGUUAUAUUUGAGAUCAUGUGAUUUGCAUAUUUUUUUUAAUGUCGAUUUGUUUUUACAGGUUUGCUGCAGUUUUGAAUAAGCAAUCAGGAAUUUUUUGUUAUUUGCUAAAGAAAAAUUAAUUUCAUCAUUUUUGCAUAAUACUGGUACUUAAAUUAUUCUCCUUUUGUGUGUGUGUUUGUAUGUGUACAAAUUGUUUGGAGUGCUUGGUUUUUUUUUUUUUUAGCCAUGUUGAUAUAAUUUAUUGGCACUGUGAAAGAAAUUGAUACACUGAUGUAUGAAGAUCAUAUUAUGCUUGACUUUUCCUUUUCAUGCUCAAGUUAGGAAAACAGAUGAGUGUAUAUCUCUCAAAAGUUGAUAUGGCCCAGUAUUGAUUUCUGUCGAUGUUUUCAGCAGAGAGAGAAAGACAGGGCCUUCUUAGCUUGAGUUCCAAGCAACAAAUUUUUGGAUAUAGGAAUGCAAUUUAAAAAAGAGCAGAUUCACCAUUAAAUUACUGUAGUUCUUUAUGAAUAAAAAAUCUAUAUUCAAUAUACAAGAAUCGGG